AUGCAUGACUCUGAAGAUUUCAGUCUCAAGGAGGCCCAUGGUAGAAUCAGAGACCAAAUAGACGGCACAGGGAUGAGCCUGGGCAAGAGGAAAGGAGUGAGGGUGACGGGGAAAUAUGUCGCCUCGUCAGACUGGGAAAGAGGCGGCCCGGCCAUCGUCCACUCCUACACCAGCACCCCGCCAACCCCGGACGCCCCGACUGUGAUUUCUAUCGGCCCUCUUCCUCACAAACCCACCGUGACCCCAGAAGGAGGAGAUUAUCACAAAGCGGAGGAGGAACCCCCCACGAGCGAGGACUGCACCGGACAGGAAACGGCGUCCGAGAGCAGGACGUCCUGCGUGGAGAUGGCCAUCCCCAGGCAGACCUUGGACGAGCUGAAGACGAUCCUGAAGGAGAGCCCUCUGGUCAACCCCCGGGGGAAAGACGAGGGGAAGCCGGGGAGUCCUUACACGUACCUGCACGGUGGGAGCAGCGGCGGUGGCGGUGGCGGCGGCGGCGGCAGCGGCAGGCCUGGUGGACGGCACGGCAAUGGAAACCCACCAGGGGCGUUCAGCACCUUCAAACCCCUCUCUGACGCUUCCAGAAGGGGGCCCACCAGAGAUAACAUGUCUAUUCAUCUGGUGUCCAGCAUGGAUUCAUCCAGCUCAUUCAGGCCCAAUGUGGCCACAAAUAGGCAGUCUCAAGUUAGGUCGCCCACAAACGAGAGCACUGUGGCCUGGGGAGAGACUGGGACUUCUCGAUCAGACGACGAAACGGAGAGCGUUGACACCUCAGGAACUCAGGGCUUCAUUUCAGCGAUGGAGCAGAUCAAGCAGCAGAUCGCCAGGGAGAACAUCAGCUUCGUGCGCUUCGAAGCCACGGACCUGCACGGGGUGUCCAGGUCCAAGACAGUGCCAGUCCGCUUCUUCCAUGAGAAAGCGGUUUAUGGAGUAUCAAUGCCAAGAAGCUACUUGGAGCUGACCCUGAGCCCCAAGUGCAACGAAGUGGACCACGCCAACACCGCCAACUUCAGCAGCGAUAUUCUUCUGAUCCCUGACCUUUCGACCUUUAGGGUCCUACCCUGGGCGGAGCAGACAGCCCGGGUCAUCUGUGACCCCUGCACCGUCACCGGGAACCCCCUCCGGACUUCGCCCCGCCUUAUCGCCAAGCAGCUUCUCGGCCAGCUCCAGAGCAUGGGAUUCUCCCUGCACUCCUCCUUCACCUACGAAUGCUGCGUUCUGGGAGCGCCGGACCGAAUCGGACCCAAGACCCUCCUGUUCCCUGCCACCACCUUGCUAAGCAACCAUGACCUGCCCUUCUUCCAGCAGCUGGUGGACAGCAUGUACUGCAUGGGCGCAGAUGUGGACAGUUUCGCCUCAGCCAGCGGCCCCGGCCAGAUGGAGAUCAACCUGCGACCGGAGUUUGGGAUCGAGGCCGCCGACAGCGCUUUCACCUUGCGCACCAGCAUCAAAGAAAUGGCUCGUAAACACAGCUACAUUGCCAGCUUCUUCACCGACGACGGCCUGUACAACGCAGGCGUGCUCUCUCACAGUCUGUGGGACGCCAACGGCCGGCGCAGUCUGUUCCACAGCGGCGAGAAGGGAGACGAGCUGUCUGAGAUCGGCAGGAAGUGGCUAGCCGGGCUCCUCACUCACUCCGCCGCCCUGAGCUGCCUGAUGUCGCCCGGCCUGGGCUGCCGGAGCCACAUCGCCAAGAAAGUCAAAGACCCCAAGCGGAUGCUGUACGCCACGUGCGGCUGCAACGAUAACAGCAGUUCCUUCAACAUCAAAUGCCACGGCGGCAGGGAGACACACAUUGAAAACAAGCUGGGCUCGGCCAUGGCCAACCCUUACGUUGUGCUGGCGGCCACCGUGGCAGCAGGGCUGGACGGCAUCAAACGCAACCUCAACGUCGAGACUGGUUUAAACAAAGCCCCCUGUCAACAGAAACAGUUUGCCAUUCCCGUGAAGCUCGAUGACGCCUUGGAGGCUUUGGCGGAGGACCACGUGAUCCGCAGCACCCUCGGAGAGCCGUUUGUGCAGUACUUCAUUGCCAUGAAGAAGUUUGAGAUCGAGACCCAAGAACUGGACGAUGAAAGAAACAAGUGCCUGGAAUAUUUCAUUUAA